AUGGCCACACAAACAUUUGAGACCAACGGCGUCCGAAUCGCCGUUGAGGGAUGCGGCCACGGCACCCUCAACGCCAUCUACGCUGCCGUCGAGGCCUCCUGCACGGCCCGUGGCUGGGACGGCGUUGAUCUCCUCAUCAUCGGCGGCGACUUCCAAGCCGCCCGCAAUGCCGCCGACCUGACGGUCAUGUCCGUCCCCGCAAAGUACCGCGAGCUCGGCGAUUUCUGGGAGUACUACGCCGGCCAUCGCACCGCGCCGUACCUGACCGUCUUCGCGGGCGGCAACCACGAGGCCGCCAGCCACAUGUGGGAGCUCUUCUACGGCGGCUGGGCCGCGCCCAACAUCUACUACCUCGGCGUCGCCAACGUCCUGCGCCUGGGCCCGCUGCGCAUCGCGGGUAUGAGCGGCAUCUGGAAGGGCUUCGACUAUCGCAAGGGCCACCACGAGAGGCUGCCCAUGGGCCCGGACGAGAUCAAGAGCUUCUAUCACGUCAGGGAGGUGGAUGUGAGAAAGUUGCUACUGUUGAGGGAGCAGGUUGACGUCGGUAUCAGCCACGACUGGCCACGGGCGAUCGAGAGGUGGGGUGACGAGAAGGCGCUGUGGAGGAUGAAGCCGGAUUUCGAGAGGGAGUCCAUGGAUGGCACACUGGGCAACGUUGCGGCGGAGUAUGUCUGCGAUCGGCUCAGGCCACCGUAUUGGUUCUCCGCGCAUUUGCACUGUAAGUUUGCGGCGUUGAAGAUUUACAAGGAUGAGGAGGCGACUACGAUGGAGGCACCAGAGGGAGCUACGGCCUCAGCUACGGCCCCGGCUGCGACACACGAGCCGGUUCAAGCACCGGAUAAUCCAGAUGAGAUCGAUCUGGACGGAGACGAAGAGAUCACGGACGCACCCGCCGUUUCGGCACCAGCACAAACAAAUCCCAACGAAAUCGAUCUCGACGACGAUGACGAUGACGAGCAGCCUACCGCACCUACACAAACACAGCCCAGCAAAGAAGUAACAGAAAAAGCUCCCAACACCAAAACCUCCGUCCCCGAAGACAUCCGCGCCCAACUCCCCGCCUCCUUCGCCAAACCCAAGCCCCAGCCGAAAAGGACACCGGGCCAGCCCGUCCCGCCAACAAUCACGAACAAGCAGGUCAACUUCCUCGCCCUCGACAAGUGUCUCCCGCGCCGCCACUUCCUUCAGCUCCUUGAAGCCCGCCCCCACAACAUCCUGCCCGCCGACCAACCGGCCCCGACGCGGCCCUUCCGCCUGCAGUACGACCCGGAAUGGCUUGCCAUCACGCGCGUCUUCCACCCCACGCUCGUCAUCGGCGACGAAGCGGCCCACCACCAGCCGAGUCCAGAGCUGGGCGAGGAACACUACGCGCCGCUCAUCGACGCCGAGCGCCGCUGGGUUGAGGAGAACAUCGUUCAGAAGGACAAGCUUGACGUCCCGCUCAACUUUGAGAUCACGGCGCCGCCGCAUGUAGAGGGAGAGCCCGAGUCUGUGCCGCACCAGCCGUUUGAGUAUACCAACCCGCAGACGUCGGCCUACUGCGCGCUCUUGGAGGUUGGGAACCUGUGGGAUGCUAGCGAGGAGGAGAGGAUGGAGAGGAAGGCGAGGGGUCCGCCGGCUGCGGAGUUCAGGGGACACCGUGGCGGUGGUGGUCGGGGCUUUCAUAGAGGUGGUGGUGGUGGGCGCGGCGGUGGACGUGGUGGUAGGGGCCGGGGUAGGGGCCGUGGCAGAGGCAGAGGUUGGAACUGA